AUGCUGAUAGUGAGCAUGGUGGCUACGGUGCGGGCGAGUUGCAGUGGCAAUCUCAAAGCUUCGUCACAGCAAGACUUGGAUAUCCUCAAAAAAUGCCAGGUUUACAAAGGUUCAGUGAUCGUCGAAAAUACGGGCGCUCAAAAACUCAAGAUCGAAGGCUUGCAAAUGAUCGAAGGUGAUCUCACCGUGACCAAUAACGAUGCUCUGCAAUCGUUCAGCAUGCCCUCGGUUCAAGGUGUCAAUGGGAUUCUCAAGUUGAGUAACAACAAGCUACUCAAUGCUUUGGAUCUUCAGUCGUUGACGGUGGUCCGGUCGUUCCAACUCGCGGUUCAUCCAGCCUUAAAUUCGCUCAAUUUCCCAGGCGGUCUCCAACAAACCGACGAAGUGUCUGUUGCUGACACCACAGUGACCGCCAUCAGUGGAUUUAAAAUGUCCCAAAUGAAAAACCUCGUGGUCACCAACAACAUCUAUUUAAAGAAUUUGGAUCUCGGCAACCUUACACGCUUGACAGGCGAACUGACCGUGUCUGCCAAUUCGCCCGCCUUGAAGAUUGACGUUUCUUCCUUGGAGACACUUAAUCAAGGCUCCUUUUGGAAUUUAGCCGGCGUCAAACUCGACGGUUUAAAGAAAAUUAUUGGCGACGUAUCCUUCAUCUCCAACAGCUUCACUACAUUGGCGCUGCCACAGACCACCGAUAUCGCAGGAACCCUGGUCGUGUCCAAUAACAAACAGCUGAACAACUUGUCGCUACCCAACUUGCGACAUUUGGGAGGCGCCUUAUCUGUAGGCAACAAUGCUCAGCUCACGACCGUCAAUGCAUUCCCUGCUUUGGAAGGUAUCGAUGGCACUUUGGAUAUUACUGGCGCUUUUGACGAAGUUGAACUUCCCAUGUUGAACGACGUUCGUGGAGGUUUGAAUGUGCAAACGUCCAGCAAUCAUUUCAGCUGUGAAAGCAUGGAUCAGCUCAAGAAUGGGGUCAUCAAAGGAAACUCCUUUGUGUGCAAGGCCGCAGUAUCUCAACCCAAGUCGGGACUAAAAGGCACCGGAGUAGACAGCGCAGGUACCAAAUUGAUGGCAGUUUCCUCCGGUCUUUUCGCAAUGAUGGGUGCUCUAUCCGUCUAUGUGAUGGCAUAA